AUGCAGAGCGCGUUGCAUGGUGGCUUGGCUCCGGCCAUCGCCGGCUUCCUCUGGCCUUCGGAAGUCCAGGUCCUGCAGGCAGCUGCACAGCGAUUCACGGAGUUGCGGGCCGCCGCGCUUCGCUUCCUGACCUCCCCAGAAGCUCGCAGGUCGCUCCUUCAGAUGAUCGCAGCUGCUGCCGGCAGUGCCACGGCGGAGGCUGUCUUGAGUUUUGACUCCUCUCCAGCAAAGCCCUGGCCGUCCUUUGAAGAUGGUUUGCUGGUUCUGUGGUGCUGCGAUCAGCCCAUCCACCGGGAGCGGAAGGCAAUGCAAGUUGCCCUUCGAAGUGGCCCUGUCAUGGCCGUGAGAUGGUUGCUUGCUGCACGGGCCGACGUGGAGCAGCCGGUGGAGGGAGACCUCACGCCUUUGCGCUUGGCUGCCCGCUUCGGGAGUGAAGAGCUCAUUGAGAUGCUUUUGGAAGGCUCCGCAAACCCCAACAGUCGCGGACGAUUUGGCAAUACGGCCUUGAUGGUCGCUGCCAUGCACGGCCACCACCACAUAGUUGAGCUGCUCCUGAGCAACGGCUCUCAGGUCAACACAAAUGGCGAUGGCGAGACCGCAAUUGAUCUUGCUUGCCGUUACCCGGAUGUCGCUGACCUGCUCACUAGACAUGUCAGCCAAUACGGCUGGACCGGUGCUCGGCCAUUGAAAAGAGUAUGGAGUCAGGAGUUCCAAGCCCGUUUACCCGGCUUUGUUGCUGUUUUGGAAGCAGGGCGCUUUGCAUUCCAGGCCGUCUGCAUGGUUGCCAUCAUCGCCAACACGAUGUACUUGGGUGUCAAUGCGGACUGGAAAAUCAGGAAUGCUUUCGGUCCCAUCGACGGUCGCCAAAGAGAGGUGGAGGAUACAGCUUGGGAUAUAACCUUCGCGGUUUGGUUCUCCAUUGAGAUCCUCUUGCGCUUGCUAGCCGAGAAGAUCAGCUUUUUCACCGGCGAAGAGCAGGCAUGGAAUCUGUUCGACAGCUUCCUCGUUGUGGAGUCUAUCGUGGGCCUUCUGUUUCCAGUUGGGGCCAAGCUCUC